CAGACAGCAUAUCGCAGUGACCGCACCUCCCCUGCUACGUACUAUAGGGUGGGAGCGCUUCCAACGGUCAAAGGAAAAAACAAGUUGGGUUCCUCUUACACUUCCAGUUCCAGUGCAAGAACAAUAGUGAGGAACUCACUGAGGUGACGCAGAAUCCCGAGGCUCCUCUGAGGAAUGGGAUUAAACAUGAGAGUUCAGGGAGAGAUCCUGUUCAUCCUGGCUUUUGCUUGCAAAGUCUUUGAAACAACUGGCAAUACCACCCUUUCUUCUACAACCCUGGACACCAGCACAUCUACAAUGAAAUUUGACCUUUCUAGUAAAGCUGCAACCCUGGUGCCUGUUGAGGAUGUUACAGUUGAGUCUGACCCUCCCUCUGCUAAAUUAUGGGAAGGUGAAAAGUUAACUCUGACCUGCAAUGUGGCGAAAGGCAAUCAUCUCCAUUAUGAGUGGCAUUUCAAAACAAAAACAGCAACCGUGAAAUUAGGAAAUUCAAACAGGACGAUGACUUUAGACGGAGUUCAUGAAAAUCAGACUGGGAGUUACUAUUGUGUAGCAAAAAAUAUUCUAAAAGAAGGUCAAAGCCAGGAUAUAGAAGUGGAGGUCAAAGUGCCUGUCUCCAAUCCCAAAAUCUGGUAUUCUGUACACAAACAAGAAAACAACUACAGUGCAAGAAUAACAUGCAAGGCAGACAGAGGAUCCCUGCCGGUUACUUUCACUCUCCUCAAAAACUCAAGGAAUUUCAUGGACAUUACAAGAGACUUGCUCAAUAUUACAUUUGUCGUACCUGUUACCUUAGGACAGAAUCUGGGCGACUUCAAAUGUCAAGCUGAGAAUGGCAAGAACCCAGAGCACAGUGAUGCAAAGCUGUUGUAUGUAGCGCGUGUCCAAGACAUUAGCCUGGAGAGCAGGCCACACCCAUUGGAAGUGUCUGUGAACGAAGAAAUGGUGUUUUACUGCUCAGUGGAAGGCGGCACCUUCCUUGUGUAUAAAUGGAUGUUUAACGGAAGUAGUUUACAGGCCAGUCUUGAUUCCUACUCAGUUAACCAGCAGGGAAAUAUACUAACCAUCCCGUCUGCUGCUCUGGUUCAUAACGGCUUUUAUGGGUGUUCAGCCUGCGACUCCUUUGACGAGACAUACUGCAUCAAGAGCGCCUCCCUUCAGGCUAAAGUGAGAGAAACAGUUCCUGUUUCCAUUGAAGUCAUUGCAGUAGCUUUCGGUUGCUUUCUUCUGCUGGUCAUUGUUCUCAGCGUGUGCUUUGCAUUUGGCUUUAAAUACAGGACAGGAGAGUAUUAUCCAAACUCUAGUGUUAGAAUGGAAAAAAGUGCAAUCUGGGAUAAAGAUAUGGAUGAGCAGCUCAAGGACUAUUCCAUGGACAACUCUGAUCUGGAAAGCAUUACGAAAAUGUGAAGUUCAGCCCGCCCUAGGAUUACUUGUCGGAGUCUCCGGGAUGAAGGAGAGGCUGUGGGUUUGGGGAGGGACACCAGUUUGAGUUAAUUGGCAGCUGUGAUUAAACAGACUGAGAGCAGAGGGUUGUUAGGUGGUGAUGUUUAAGAGGGAUUUUAGGAGUUCACAGCUGAGUGACAAUGAUUGCAAUAAUAUGCAGUGACAGCUUCUGAUGUAUUAUCGUUACUUUCCACUGUUAUAUUACAAUAAUGACUUUUAAAAGUGUGUGGGGGGGGGGGGG